GACAUGUCUGCGCCCUGUCUUCAUCCUGAGGUCCACCUUACCUAAAUGUGAUAAUUGACUUGUCCAGAUUGUGAAUGCGGAUCUCUCUCUGCGAAACGGUGGAUAUUAUCGGUGUAUUGUGAAGAUGGAGGAGGACGCGCAGAAGCAGAGCGUCUCUGGAAAUGGGCUCACAAGAGCAGCGAUUGCCGAGAUGCUGGCGAAUAAUUUCGAGAGGCUGCCUGACAUUGAUCAGAAACUCUUCCUCUACGGACCCCUGUAUCUGGGGGGAAACGCUGGCCUUGCAGGGCUGAUCUCCAACAGCUUGUAUCGCAGAGCCCUGAAUGUCUCAAAGGGGGCUUUCUCCUCCAGCUUGCCGAUGGCCGUGCUGCCCUUCCUGACAACGUUUGUUAUGUACAACGCAGCGGUGUCCAACCCCCUGAUGUGCGGCGACCUCAACUGUCCCUCCUGUGCCCUGCUGCGAGGUGCAUUGGUUGGGGUGGUUGGCGGUGGGGUGUACCCCGUCCUCCUGGCCUUACCUGUGAAUGUGGGCCUCGCUUCCAGGUAUAACACGGCGCCGAUGCCAGAGAAGGGCAACAUGCUCCGGUACUGGUUGGAUCUCUCUCGGCCGAUCCUGAGGAAACUGAGGCCGGUGCUGCUGCUCCAGGCCCUUUUCGGCACCUACUUGAGCUCCAGGCACUUUGAAUCCUACACCAAACUGGCCCAGAUAACGUUUGGCUCAGGCGGAGAGCAGCUGGAGGACUGAACUGUUCUGAGCUGGACCUGGAAAUAAACUCGUCUUUUUGUAUCGAUUUGCUGCCACUCGUGGCUUAUAUGCUUGUCAGAUUCACCAUUUCACAUGAAAUGCGCCUGGAGUAAAUUAAGUGUGGUCUACCUUUUAUGUCUGGUAUGUCAACAUUAACAUGAAAAGAAUGGCAUAACUUGACUGCUUUUCUGCCACAUUCAUGACGAAAAAGAAAAUCAAUCUCUUCCAUCUAUGACAUAAAACCGUUUAUCAUAAUCUUAAUCAGUGUAUGUUCUUUCAUAUCAGAGAUUAAACAAUUAGUCAAUUAAUAACAAAUAAUCAGAAACAAUUUUGAUCAUCUAAUAAUUCAUUUAUAAAACAAAACAUUUGCAAGUGCCAGCCUCAAAUUUGCAAAUGAAUUGCUUUUGUCUGCUUUAUUAUAUUUUGAAAUAAACAUCUUUGGACUGUUGGUUGGACAAAACAAGAGCUGACCUUGGGCUCUGGGAAAUUGUGGCGGGCAGUAUGCCCUAUUUUGUGACAUGUUAUAGACAAGCUAAUCAAUUAAUCAGGAUUGGUAAACAAAAUAAUAGCUGUUUGCAGCCCUUUUGAAGACAGUGUGUGGUUUGGUUCUGCUGAUUGCUGAAAGUCCAUUCACCUGGCUUUUCACAGCGUUAAGGGCAGUUUUGUUGCUAAUCAUACAUUUGAAAAUACCCACAUGCAAAUGAGAUAACUUGCUUGCACGUCAAAUAAAUGUCAAGACCCUUUCAUUAUUUUUGAAAACCCUGAUAGUCUGUGUGAUUGCGGAGCCAAUGCAAUGCUUUGAUCAAGCAUGUCAGAAAAAAAAAAAAACUGCAGGCCAUCAACUGAGCAUGGUUGACUUUUAUUAAAGGCGUUUUAGGAACCGGUCACACAUUUCGCAGUGAAGUCGGAGCCAACAGUUUGUCUGCUUGGCCUCACUAACCAUGAAAAACACCGAAUGCACCCCGCUCCUUGAGCUGCAACGUAUGUGUGAAAGCAAAAACUUCACAGACUGGGCCUGGCAGUGCAGUGACACCAUCAAAAAGAGCAGAUCUGAUGUAAUGUAGGAGAUUGUCAUUGAAAACACGUGUUCA